UAUCCACAGGCUUCCAAGGAUCGAGAAUUAAUGGAAAGUGAGAUACGCAAGGUUUAUUCUCCUUCUUGUCCUCCGAUAUAUUUACUACGAUAAAGCACCAAACAGACCCCUCUGGUCAAUGGCUAUUGCUGCGUCCGCCGAUUGUACGAUUCCCAAACAUACUGGCUGUCCCUAUCUGAAGAGCGCAAGAAUGUUCAGGAACUGAUCUUAAUCCAUGGCGGGUGUUGAGAUUAGGGAUAAGGAUAAGCUAAUGCAGACAAUUUCUGCUCGCGGUUGGUCGUUUGGAGAUUUCCUUGGUUUUUCGAUAUGACCAUGGUUCCUACUCAAAGCCCCUCCAAUUCCAAACAGCAUCGGUACGGCGGCUGCGGUGGCUAUUCAAUCUCGGAGAGUUUGGGUCUUAUGAGCCGAUUGGAAGGGUAUGAUUCUGGUAGCGAAGCUUGCCGGAGAUCUGAUCCGGUGAUUGAUGAUCCGAUGGCCGAAGACGAGUCCAGAACUGAGAGCGUGAACGAGGCAGGCUCGAGCUCCAAGGAUGUUCAGGACGAGAGGGACGAAGGGUGGCUGCAAUUGGGACUUGGCGGCCACACGAGCAGCCAUGAAAGCAAGCUCGACAGAGAGGAUCGAAGAACUGAAAGAGGGCGCUUGGUAGAGCUUGAUCUUCUACCGCCGCCUGGUAGUACGCAACUAAUACGACCAAUACCCCCGGAAUUUCGAGCUCCGAGGCCGGUUUCGAAUCUUCUCGGUUCAUCUAGUUAUAAUUCGUCGGUGUUCUUGCAACAAGCAAGAAGUAGACCGGCUAUGUUUCCUCUUCAUCAAGAGAUUAACUGGGCGUUUAGGCCCGUACCGCAAAGCGUAGCAGUAGGUUCGUCAUCUUCGUCUUCGUCGUCUUCUUUCUUAUUGGGACCAUAUUUAACCCAACCAUUCGGAGCUCACGUCGGAGUAGGCGUAGCUGGAGCAAGUUCAGAUUUCAGAGUCAUUGAUCCUCCUCCGAGACCUCAUUCCGGCAUAUGGUUUAUGCUUCAAGCAUCACAACACCAGGCGAUAAAACCCUUUUUGCCUCAAAUACCCAAGAGCUACAUGAGAAUUAAGGAUGGAAGGAUGACAAUUCGGUUAUUAAUGAAGUAUCUGGUCAAUAAGCUGAGUUUGGAUAGCGAAUCAGAGAUAGAGAUUACAUGUAAAGGGCAAAAGCUUGUACCUCUCCUGACAUUGCAGCAUGUACGAGACAACAUAUGGAGUCCAAGGAAUGCAGUCACUCUACUCGCAAACUCCUCGACCACAGAUCAUGUCAUGGUGCUACAGUACAGUAGGAGUGCUUAAUCCAUUGUCAGAAACAAAAGAAUUAUCAAUUAUUUAUGCCUAGUACCGUUGAUAAAUUAUCAUGCUUUCUUUCCUAUCUUUUCUUAUUUCCUUUACAAAUUUCUUUUUUUUUCUUCUUGUUUCUCCCCUUUCUCUAUUAAUUUUCAUGCCCCAAAGUAUAUUCAUGAUUUUGGGGUUUCAUAACAUAGCUUAAAAUGUAUAACCAAACUGUAGGAUCUUGGUAUUUCAUUAUUUCUUUUUGACCAAUUAAUCUAUUUAUCUUGGUCUUGACUCA